ACUGAUCCGGUUAUGUGAUGUUGAGCUCAUCAAUUAUGGACUCUGACGUUCGACCUGUCGGACAUGCCUUGUUCGAUGGGGCCUCGGAUUACAUGAUCGAAGUCAAUUGUCCGGACGAGCAGUCCAACCAAGGAACGUGCUGCGCUCGUUGAAAUGCAUCUACAUCUCCACACCGGGCAUUUGGAGGUUGGAUGCAAGGGAGAUAUGUGUGUUACCGUCACUCGUCCUCGACAAGCUGUGUCCUUCCAUUAAUCGCGGGUCACGCAUUCUAGGAUAGCACUACUGCGAUCUCUUUGCAAUGGCAAACUCUUCAGACCGUAAAGAGUUGAAAGCGAGCUGGAAGCCUAAAGCUGAAGUGCCUUCGCUGUCGCUGAAGGACGUUGCGAAACAUAGCUCAAGGAACGAUCUCUGGAUUGUCGUUCAUGGUGGAGUCUACAAUGUCACAGAAUACUCGAGAGACCACCCGGGCGGCUUGGACGCUCUCGCUGAAGUAGGGGGAACGGACGCAACCAGCGCAUAUGAGGAUGUUGGGCAUUCUGAAGAUGCAAGAGAGAUCAUGCAAUCUUUGCUGGUGGGACACCUUGAAGGGGCGCCAAAAGCGUCAGAUACAUCGGAAGACAAGACACCCAAGGUUCAAGUUGUUCGCGCCAGUCCAAACGGCGAUGGAGAACAGAAGACAUCUAGUCGUUUGUUGGGCCCUAGGAUCGAGCUGGCGGCCUUUGCUGUCGGAACGGCUGCGCUCGUCUACUUCGUCCGCCAUACUAACCUAACCAUACCGUCUCUCCCCCGCUCUAUGGACUCGAAGCAUUCCGGCAGCGGAGGGAGCUUUUUGCAAGGAUUUUUGCUCGCAAGCGCAACUGCCGCUGUGAUUGGCGUUGCAUCCGUCCGCUACUUGUCCAAUGUCGUCAAUUUCGACGUCGACUUCUCGAAGCUGCCAGCGCACAAGACUGCGUCGGAGCAUGUUCCUUCUUCCGACUACCCUACCGGCGUGCUUAUGCCGCGAACUUACCGCAAGUUCGCUCUGCGAGAAAAGGUCGAACUAUCUCCCAACGGAAUUUUCCGCUUCGUAUUCGACCUACCUACACCCACGUCUACGCUCGGUCUUCCUAUCGGACAGCAUAUCACCAUCCGCGGCGACGUUGAGGAGCAUUCUGUCACCCGCAGCUAUACCCCAGUUUCGAACAACCGUGACCUUGGGAGGAUGGAACUUGUCAUUCGCAUUUACCCAGAUGGUCAACUCGGCAAAUACCUGUCAGCGCUGCAACCUGGGGACAAAGUCGACAUUCGCGGACCCAAAGGCGCCAUGCGAUACCGUAAAGGCAUGAGCACGCAUAUUGGGAUGGUCGGGGGAGGGACGGGCAUCACGCCCUUGUUCCAGAUCAUCCGAGCCGUUUGCGAGGACAAGACAGACAAUACGAAAAUAAGUCUAGUCUACGCGAACCGAUCAGAGCCUGACAUCAUGCUCCGCAACAGGCUUGAUCAGUUUGCCAGAGACGUCCCCAGCAAGUUUCAGGUGUACUACGUGCUCGACCAACCGCCUGCAUCCGGCUGGCAAGGUGGAGUUGGCCGUGUCAAUAAGCAGAUCUUGCAAGAGAGGAUGCCGGCGGUCUCUGACAGUACCAAGAUCUUAGUUUGCGGCCCGCCCCCCAUGGUGAACGCAACCAAGAACAAUUUGAUCGAUUUGGGGUUCAAGGAGCCCGGGAGUGUGAGCAAGAUGAGCGAUCAGAUAUUCUGCUUUUGAGACUAUGCUUCUCAUGCAGCUUGGUAGGUGGACAGAGGUGAUAGAGUGUAUGAACAGCAGUCUGUGACUCCGAUAGAGGCGCUCUUGGCUCUGCUCAGCGUUGUGUUGAGACUGAAGUUGCACUCUUGCCCGCCAAAGUCGAGUAAGGCUACAUCUUUCGUCCAAUCCCUCACCUAGUAUCUCAAAGCCAAAAUAGGUGGUGUGUCUCUGCGCACAACACGUCUGUCUGCACAACGGCUGUAAUCGCAAGCAUCAUCAUUGACAACACAGCUC